AUGGACACUCCCAUUGAUACUGUCAAGGAGGCAAAGAGACAUACGCACACCUACAGCUUUUUUCGAGAGCCGUUGACCGCCUUAGAGGGUUUGAGUUCGUUAAUGACCGCUUUCUGCUUGAAGAGUUUCACGGACAAUUAUGGGAAUAUCUUGACUUUGUUGGAAACCGUGGUUGAUACUCCUGCUUUGCAAACUUUGAUGCAAUUCUAUGAUUCUGAAAUGAGGUGUUUCACGUUCCAGGAUUACCAGUUGGCUCCGACAUUGGAAGAGUACUCUAUUAUUCUUAAUCUCAAGUUGAUUGCUGCUGCUCUUUAUUUGAGCAUAAAAGAAGUAUCUGAUAAUUGGAAGUCGAAUGGAGGUGUCUCGGGGUUCUCUUUGAAGUUCUUGGUGAGAAAAGCUAAAGAGGAAUUUGAGAAAAAGAAUUGGAACGCGUACAAUGCAUUGCUUGCUGUGGCUAUUUACGGGAUUGUGAUGUUCCCGAAUGUUCCCAAUUUUGUAGACUCGGCCGCGAUACACAUCUUCAUGGGAAAGAAUCCUAUUCCUACUUUGUUGGCCGAUACUUACUAUGCCGUUCAUUCCCGAUAUGAGAAACGUGGCGGUGCUAUCACUUGUUGCCUUCAAUUGUUGUUCAUCUGGUUCCUCUCUUUGUUGCCCAGCAAAGGACCUUUUGUGAAGACAAGGGAGACACUUAAGUGGACCCACAGGAUUAUGUCACUUACCUCUUAUGACAUCCAGUGGCCAAAGUAUCGAAUUAACGUUUCUGAAGUGAUUGUUGGAUGCGGUAAGUUUGAUAAUGUUCCUUUGGUUGGUACCAGAGGUUGCAUCAAUUACAAUCCCGUGGUAUCCUUGCGUCAGUUGGGGUAUACGUUGAAAGAUAAGCCGGCAGAUCACUUGAUAGCGGAGACAGUCUAUUUUGAGAAGGGGUCGGGUCCAGAAAAGUUGAAGGAGAUAAUUGUGGCUUGGAAGAAGAUCCGUAAGCAUAAUGGAGCCCAUUUAGGGAAGAAGGAAUCACUUGCUUUGACACCGUAUGUUGAAUGGAUUGUGAAACGGGUUGGAAACUUGUUGCUGCCAUAUGACAGGGUUGCACCACUUCAAAAGCAACCUCCUUUGAUUCUAUCUGAAUUUGUGCCAACAGAACUUUACAAGGAUGCUCUGGUUACCAACUACAGGUUGCAUGAAAGAGAGCAAGAGACCAAUUUGAAGUUCUUUGAAGAGAGAGAUGCAAAGAUGAGGUUGAUGCACCAGCUCAAGCAAGUCGAAGGUGCAAGUUCAAGUCAAGCCAGUGCCCGGAGGCGUCCCUAUGAGUUGCUAGAGGAAGAAUUGUAUCAGAAGCAGCAAGAGUGUCUACAGUUACAGAGAUCAGAGAGUAGUCUCAAGAGGCAGAAGCGGGAUUCAGAUAAACAGCUAGCAGAAGAGAAGGCUAAGACUGCUCGGCUUGAAGAAGAACUAAGAAGACUCUGA